GCUUUAAUUACCGCAGCCGCUGGACAAGUGUGAGGAAAGCUGACAGGAAAAAGAAGGACAGGAUCGGGGGAGAAGCAAGAAGCUCCCCCCGCCCCCCUUCCCUCCCGAUUUGGACCGAAGGUGCAGGGAAACUGUAAAAGGAGCCGAACAUAGCCCGGCUGCGGGGAGAGGCCGGAAACCUACCGCCUCUUUGCAAUCAACUUUUUUUGGAAACCUUUUUUCCCCUUUCUUUUUAUUGUUGACCAACCAGUGAGAGAGAGAGAAAGUGAGGAGGGAGCGAGAAAGCAAAGGCGCACACGAGGAAAUAGCUGCACAGUCCGGCCCGGAGCACCAGGCGCAUACAUUCGAGCACACUCCCACACGCACGCACACUCACGCGCACACUUCAACCCCUCCUCCGGACCCUGGCCCUGGACCCCCGGGCGCGGACUGGGUCGCCAACCCUGGGAGCCGGUGCACAGAGCGCGCCGCACCCGCCCCCUUCGCGCCCCCACGCGCGCCUGGCUGGAGGAUCUCCUCCGCGUGCCCGAAAGGGGAUAUGCCAUUUGGACAUGUAAUUGUCAGCACGGGAUCUGAGACUUCCAAAAAAUGAAGCUGGCGACAGGACUGUGGGUCUGGGUGAGCCUUCUCUUGGCGGCAGGGACCGUCCAGCCCAGCGCUUCUCAGUCAGUGUGUGCAGGAACAGAGAAUAAACUGAGCUCCCUCUCUGACCUGGAACAGCAAUACCGGGCCUUGCGCAAAUACUAUGAGAACUGCGAGGUAGUCAUGGGCAACCUGGAAAUAACCAGCAUCGAGCACAACAGGGACCUCUCCUUCCUGCGGUCUAUUCGAGAAGUCACAGGCUAUGUGUUAGUGGCUCUCAACCAGUUUCGUUACCUGCCUCUGGAGAAUUUGCGCAUCAUCCGUGGGACAAAACUUUAUGAAGAUCGAUAUGCCUUGGCAAUAUUUCUAAACUACAGAAAAGAUGGAAACUUUGGACUACAAGAACUUGGAUUAAAAAACUUGACAGAAAUUCUAAAUGGUGGAGUCUACGUAGACCAGAACAAAUUCCUUUGUUAUGCAGACACCAUUCAUUGGCAAGAUAUUGUUAGAAAUCCAUGGCCUUCUAACUUGACUCUGGUAUCAACAAAUGGAAGCUCAGGAUGUGGACGUUGCCAUAAGUCCUGUACUGGCAGAUGCUGGGGACCCACAGAAAAUCAUUGUCAGACCUUGACAAGGACGGUGUGUGCAGAACAAUGUGAUGGCAGGUGCUAUGGACCCUAUGUCAGUGAUUGCUGCCAUCGAGAAUGUGCUGGAGGUUGCGCAGGACCUAAGGACACGGACUGCUUUGCCUGCAUGAACUUCAAUGACAGUGGGGCAUGUGUUACUCAAUGUCCCCAAACCUUUGUCUACAAUCCAACCACUUUUCAGUUGGAGCACAACUUCAAUGCAAAGUACACAUAUGGAGCAUUCUGUGUCAAGAAGUGCCCACACAACUUUGUGGUAGAUUCCAGUUCUUGUGUGCGUGCCUGCCCUAGUUCCAAGAUGGAAGUAGAAGAAAAUGGAAUUAAGAUGUGUAAACCUUGCACUGAUAUUUGCCCAAAAGCUUGUGAUGGCAUUGGCACGGGAUCAUUGAUGUCAGCUCAGACUGUGGAUUCCAGUAACAUUGACAAAUUCAUAAACUGUACAAAGAUCAAUGGGAAUUUGAUCUUUCUUGUCACUGGUAUUCAUGGGGAUCCUUACAAUGCAAUUGAAGCUAUAGACCCAGAGAAACUGAAUGUCUUUCGGACAGUCAGAGAGAUAACAGGUUUCCUGAACAUACAAUCAUGGCCCCCAAACAUGACUGACUUCAGUGUUUUCUCCAACCUGGUGACCAUUGGUGGAAGAGUACUUUAUAGCGGCCUCUCCUUGCUGAUCCUCAAGCAACAAGGGAUCACCUCUCUACAGUUCCAGUCUCUGAAGGAGAUCAGUGCAGGAAACAUCUAUAUAACUGAUAACAGCAACCUGUGUUAUUAUCACACCAUCAACUGGACAACCCUCUUCAGCACCAUCAACCAAAGAAUAGUGAUCCGGGAUAACAGAAAAGCUGAGAACUGUACUGCUGAAGGAAUGGUGUGCAACCAUCUAUGUUCAAGUGAUGGCUGUUGGGGACCUGGGCCUGACCAAUGCCUGUCAUGCCGCCGCUUCAGCAGGGGAAGGAUAUGCAUAGAGUCUUGUAACCUCUAUGAUGGUGAAUUUCGGGAGUUUGAGAACGGCUCCAUCUGUGUGGAGUGUGACCCGCAGUGUGAGAAGAUGGAAGACGGCCUCCUCACCUGCCAUGGACCGGGACCCGACAACUGUACAAAAUGUUCUCACUUUAAGGAUGGUCCAAACUGUGUGGAGAAAUGUCCAGAUGGCUUACAGGGAGCAAACAGUUUCAUUUUCAAGUAUGCGGAUCAGGAUCGGGAGUGCCACCCAUGCCAUCCAAACUGCACCCAAGGGUGUAACGGUCCCACUAGUCAUGACUGCAUUUACUACCCAUGGACGGGCCAUUCCACUUUACCACAACAUGCUAGAACUCCCCUAAUUGCUGCUGGAGUCAUUGGAGGUCUCUUCAUCCUGGUCAUCGUGGGUCUGACCUUUGCAGUUUAUGUUAGAAGGAAGAGCAUCAAAAAGAAAAGAGCCUUGAGAAGAUUCCUGGAAACAGAGUUGGUGGAACCCUUAACUCCCAGUGGCACAGCACCCAACCAAGCUCAACUUCGUAUUUUGAAAGAAACUGAACUCAAAAGGGUAAAAGUCCUUGGCUCAGGUGCUUUUGGAACCGUUUAUAAAGGCAUUUGGGUACCUGAAGGAGAAACGGUGAAGAUUCCUGUGGCUAUUAAGAUUCUCAAUGAGACAACUGGUCCCAAAGCCAAUGUGGAGUUCAUGGAUGAAGCUCUGAUCAUGGCCAGCAUGGACCAUCCACACCUAGUCCGCCUAUUAGGUGUGUGUCUAAGUCCAACCAUCCAGCUGGUUACCCAGCUGAUGCCUCACGGCUGCCUGCUGGAAUAUGUUCAUGAACACAAGGAUAACAUUGGGUCACAGCUGCUGCUGAACUGGUGUGUCCAGAUAGCUAAGGGAAUGAUGUACUUAGAGGAAAGACGGCUUGUUCAUCGGGACUUGGCAGCUCGCAAUGUCUUAGUGAAAUCUCCAAACCAUGUGAAAAUCACAGAUUUUGGACUAGCCAGACUCUUGGAAGGAGAUGAAAAAGAGUAUAAUGCUGAUGGAGGAAAGAUGCCAAUUAAAUGGAUGGCACUGGAGUGUAUACAUUAUAGGAAAUUCACCCACCAGAGUGACGUUUGGAGCUAUGGAGUCACUAUAUGGGAACUUAUGACCUUUGGAGGAAAACCCUACGAUGGAAUUCCAACUCGAGAAAUUCCUGAUUUAUUAGAGAAAGGAGAACGUUUGCCUCAACCUCCCAUCUGCACCAUUGACGUUUACAUGGUCAUGGUCAAAUGCUGGAUGAUUGAUGCUGACAGUAGACCUAAAUUCAAGGAGCUGGCUGCGGAAUUUUCAAGGAUGGCUCGAGACCCUCAGAGAUAUCUUGUUAUUCAGGGUGAUGAUCGUAUGAAGCUUCCCAGUCCAAAUGACAGCAAGUUCUUUCAGAAUCUCUUGGAUGAAGAGGACCUAGAAGAUAUGAUGGAUGCUGAGGAAUACCUGGUCCCCCAAGCUUUCAACAUCCCUCCCCCCAUCUACACUUCGAGAGCAAGAAUUGACUCAAAUAGGAGUGAAAUUGUACACAGCCCUCCUCCUGCCUACACUCCCAUGUCAGGAAACCAGUUUGUAUACCGGGAUGGGGGUUUUGCUGCAGAACAAGGAGUAUCAGUGCCCUAUAGGGCCACGACCAGCACAAUCCCAGAAGCUCCAGUUGCUCAGGGUGCUGCCGCUGAGAUUUUCGACGACUCCUGUUGUAAUGGCACCCUACGCAAGCCUGUGCAACCCCACGUCCAAGAGGACAGUAGCACCCAGAGGUACAGUGCUGACCCCACAGCAUUCGCCCCAGAACGGAGCCCACGAGGAGAACUGGAUGAAGAAGGUUACAUGACACCUAUGAGAGACAAACCCAAACAAGAAUACCUGAAUCCUGUGGAGGAGAACCCUUUUGUUUCUCGGCGAAAAAACGGAGACCUUCAAGCUUUGGAUAAUCCUGAGUAUCACAAUGCUUCCAGUGGCCCACCCAAGGCAGAGGAUGAGUAUGUGAACGAGCCUCUGUACCUCAACACCUUUGCCAACACCUUGGGGAAUGCUGAGUACCUGAAGAACAACGUUCUGUCUGUGCCAGAGAAGGCCAGGAAAGCGUUUGACAACCCUGACUACUGGAACCACAGCCUGCCCCCCAGGAGCACCCUACAGCACCCAGACUACCUGCAGGAGUACAGCACAAAAUAUUUUUAUAAACAGAAUGGACGGAUCCGGCCGAUCGUGGCAGAGAAUCCUGAAUACCUCUCUGAGUUCUCGCUGAAGCCAGGCCCCAUGCUGCCUCCUCCACCCUACAGACACCGGAAUACUGUGGUGUAAGCUCAGCCCUGGUUCUAAGGGGGAGAGACACGCCCGCUCCAAUUUCCCCACCCCCUCUCUUUCUCUGGUGGUCUUCCUUCUACUCCCAAGGCCAGUAGUUUUGACACUUCCCAGUGGAAGAUAUAGAGACACAAUGAUAAUUAUUCGCUUAUCUAACUUGAGCAUAAGAAGGAAGGACUGAAAGAGAAAGACAGGAGGAACCACACUGUUUCUUCAUCUCUCUGAAUGGGUUGGUUAGGAAAGUCAACAGCUGGAGAAGGACCAGAAAAUAAAAGGCAAUACUGCCUGCUGUCAAACUAGCUCUUUCUCUCUCUUUCCCUUUCUCCCUCCCUCCCUCCGUUCCUUCCUUCUUCCUUCCUUUCCUUUUUCUAUUGCAGAUGGUUGAACCACCCAUACUAUCUGUUCCUUCCUGUAGUAAUUGAUGAACAUAUUCAGCAUCCCUGGGAAUCAUUAAGUUUCCAUUAGAACAAAAGGAUAAUCAUUUCAGUAACAUGAUACAAACUGAGAUUCAGAAUCUAAAUAUUUUCCUCAAUAAUUUCUAUCCAGGCAAAGAAGAAUGACCAUCCAGUUUUCAUAAUUUUUAAAUUUCCAUUGACUUCAUAUACAGUAAUUUUGUUUGGAAGAUUUUUCUAAUUUUUUCCGUCUCUUCCUCUUCUUCUUCUCCUUCUCUCACUUCUUUUUUUGCUUUGUCUUUUGUCUUUAUAUUGGUUACUUCCCAAUGUUGGGCUCUAAUUUAUAAUUGUAAAGAUAUUUUCAUCAAAGCUUCUUGAUAUCAUUUUAAAAACAUUUUAAUAUGAUGAAAUGGCCACUAUUUUUAAAAUAUAAUCUUUAAAAUUAGAAGGGACAGUCAAGACACUAGUUAAAUGCUGCAUGGAAUCUAGCAUUUAUGUUUUGCACUAUUGCAUAUAUUCUUCCUCCAUCCUUUACAUUCUUCAGUAUUUUCUUAUCCUCCAGUUGGUAAUCUUAAGAAUAGAAGGAAUCUAAGAGAUAGUUCUAUGUGGUUCAAGAAAACUACUGAUACUUUCAAGGGUGGUCCAAUGGGGAAAUCUGUGAACUGGAAGAAACACACUGGAUUGGGUAUGUCUACCUGUCAGAUAUUCAGAAAUGUAGUUUGCACUUAAGCUAUAACUUUAUUUGUUAUUUUUCUGCACUCCAUUUUGGAUUUUGAAUGAAGCAAUAUGGAAGAAACCAGCAAAUUAACUAAUUUAAGUACUUUUUUUUUGUUUUAAGAGCUAAGAUAAAGACAGACUGAGGAAAUGCCAAACGAAGCAAAUUAGGAUUUCUGGAACAAAAUUCAGGGAUUACAGUGAGAAAGUGAGCACAUUAGCUCCAUAGAAUAUCAUGUUUGCUACAUAGGGAAAUUUGUUCAGUUUGAAUAUUCCAUAUGAAGGAAUACAAGUAAAAGAUUUGUUUGAAUUCCAUGGAAUUUCUAGUAUGAGACUCUAUUUAUAUUGAAUAGAAAGUAUCUUUGCAUAAAUUGGAAUAACAAGAAGAAAAACACAAAUAUUCAUAACUUGUGGGUAGGUCCUUGGGUCAAAAUUUGUAAAUAAAUGUGAACAGUCUUCUCAUGCAAUUUUUUUAUUCUCCAACACAUGAAUCUUUUGAUAUUUCUGCUACUAAUUCUUUUUCUUCACAAGCUGCAUCCAAGAUGUAGAGCCAUCUGUGACUUUUCAUUUUAAAAGAAUAUCUACUGAGUUAAGAUGAGUGACAGAAAUAAAUGACAGUGCCUCACAUUAGUAGGAAAAUUGGAUAUAUAUCUCUUGUUUUCUGUUUUGCAUGAAAGUAAUUUAUAUUUUAAAAAAUUACUUCUUUCUAAUGUCUAAGUAUUGGGAGCAAAGGAGAUUCAAUAACCUAAAGAAAAUCAGUUAGACUAAAAAUGUCUAUUGAUAAAGCAGAGAGAGAUUAGAGGGGAAAAAAUCUAAGGAAAUCUGUUUCUACCUAUUUUGAAAAAUAAAUCUGUUCAUCCAAAACCUAUUUAUUCAACAGAUAUUUAUUUAGAGUUUACUAAAGACACUAUGUAAUGUGGGGAACACAGAGAUAGAUAGAAUAUCAUCCCUGACUUCAAAAUUUUGCAGUCAAGAUUAUUUGGAAUGAUAUUUUAAUUUCUCCAUGAGUUCAAAGAAUCAGAUUGCAUAGAUUAUUUUGUGGGUAGUAUUCAUAAAAUCAGAUUUUAUUUAUUUUUUUUAGUCAAAAGUCUUCUGUGGACUCAUUUGGGACAUGAAUGAAACAUCCUUCAAGUUCCAGAAAUUGACAAAUAGAAUAAUUUCUAUGUUAUCCUCCUAACACUGGUCUAAGAGGAGACAGCCUCACUGGUUCAUUGGCCUGUUUGGAUUCCAACUUCACCAUUAAAGCAAUAGCCAAUGAUGAAUGAUCUUUGGUAGAAUCCCUUGGAGGUGCUGGGGUUGGUCUCACUCUUAGGAGUGAGGCAAGCUGAAAGAGUGAGGUAAAGGAGGAGAGGGAUUAGUGAGAUUCCUUGAGUGAAGUUCACCAUCACUUUCCCAGGGAUGAAGAGCCAGGAUGACUCAGGACCACAGCCUAUCAUCUGAAAACUCUUCCCCUCCAUUCAGAGAUGUUUCUAGGAAAAGGGCACCUCAUCUCUGUACCUAUGAGAAUUGAAUAAAAACCCCUUUUUUCUAGAUAAAUCUGCAUCAAGUCAUCACUGAAAGCACUACUUGACCUUUUCAUUUACAAUAUUCAUAUGACUUUUACCAUAUGAACGGAAAGCAGAAUCGGCUAACUUGAAGAAGGAAAAAAUAAUGAUCUUUUUCUAACUGUAAAGGUAAUAGAUAUAUACUUAGUGUAUGUAGCUUCCUUCCUCCUAAAACACAAGACUUACAGUUCAUGUAAUCUCCCUGUAAUCAUUAGAUUGAUGUAAGUAUAAUUCAAACUGACCUAAAGUGCUUUACAAUAGCACUACUCCAUCAUUCCUUUUGAAUGAUUUGGCUCAUAUGCUUGAUUUUCAUUGUUUUGGGUUUUCAUUUUCAUUUUAUAUUUGUCCCCUAGGAAAACAUAUUUGACAGUGUAUAAGAAAGAGGAACAAAAAGAAAAUAAAUUUUAACCCAGUACAGUGAAAUCUUAAAGCUUGAAAAUUGCCUUGGAAUAUCAGAAUCCAGAGGCCAGUGGUAUCAAUGGAAAUAUGCAGAAUCAAUUGUGUAAAUUUGAGAAAAAUGAAUAUUAAAAUUAUACUGAUUGCAUUUUUUAAAUCUUCAAAUUUUGUCAAUUGAACAUAUCUUGUAGAAUCCUAUUUUCAGGCAUGGAAAAUCCUUAUAAAUGGUUGUUUAAAGAAUUAGUUCUUAAACAGGUGGAAACAGGUGUCUUCUAAAGCUGAAUAGAUCCAGAAUCACAAAGCAUCUGUGACACAGAGGUACUUAGAUGACCUAGCAGUUGUUGGUUUUCCGAAUAGUAUUAGUAGAAGAAUCAGAUGGGAGGUUUCCUCCAGAAGCAUUUUUUGACUAGCAUGAAGAACAAAGCAAUACUUAAACUCUAUUAAAACACAAAUUGAAACUAAGAAAAUUAACUUCUUAGAGCGGGAAGAAUGACCUAGUAGCCGUACCUUGAAUUUCUUCCUGGUGUGUCAAUGUCAGGGAUGGAUGUGGUAUGAGGAUUGUGCUCAUCUCCAAUGCCGGGGAAAGAUCAGUAGAAGGGCUAUAAGGCUUUGCUGCUAGUGAAUUUGGAAGGACAAUUAGUGCACUUUGCAAAGUGUCAAAAAGCAAAAGAAACUUAAAAUCAUGUAAGCCUGACAGGGAAGGAUGUAAAUACAUUUUUUUUAGAGCUAUCUAACCUUUAUUUAAAAACCUGAAUUAUUCACCCACCUGUAGUUGUCGAUUAUUUAACUAGUAUAUGUGGUUCCUAAGGUAAUAGAAAAGGGGAUCAUGAAAGCAUGUAUAUAACUGAACAGAAUUAUGAUAAUGUUGUAAGAUGUAGAUUUAGUUAGGUUGUUAUCUGAUGUCAAGCAAUUUUAACAUUAUUCAUUAAAUCAAACUAGAAAACUAACCACAAGGUAUACUGUAACAAAAUAAAAUUAAGGAUACUAAAAAGUAGGAUGUAAAAUUAAGUUUGCCAUUUAAAUUGUUAUUUGUGGGGUUUAGCUGAGAGUAGGCAUCUAUGAUUCCAAUUUUGCAAACUCUUUAAAGCACUACAAUUAAUUUUUUUCUAGUUUUCUUAUUCCCAUAUCACUUUUCAAAGGUACUAAAUGUAAAGAGAAUUUUAUCUUUUGUUUUUCAGUUUGUUUUGCAAACACCACCUCGUAGCAUUUAGCAGGUAGAUAAUGUUGCAUGAGUCUUUAAGUAAGAAGUCUUCAAAAUGAAGUAAAGAGGAUGAAAAUAUUCUAUUACCUUAUGCAGAGAUGAGAGAGAGAGAGAGAGAGAAAGAGAGAGAGAAGUGCUGUCAUUUAGAAAGCAAACAAAAUGUAUUUAAUCUAUGACAUGUCCUUUGUUUUCUCACCAAGACUUUUAACCUCCAAAACCCAACAAGGAAUUAGUGAACAUUUUUUCUCUGACAAAUACAUGUUAAACCAAACAUAUUAAAUGACUAUGUUGUCAUUUUUUUUGGACUCUAGAUUUUAGACUGAUGAGUCAGUAUAGGGAAAAUGAAAAAUUCAGAUAUAACCUUUUAGUUGUUAAAAAGUCAGAUAAAUCAACUUCAACUGUAUACACUCUGGGCACAGCAUCCCGCUGUGCCGGGGUUCAUGGACUUUGGUGUGUGUCAGGUGAAGGACAGCCUGGUACCUAUCGAGGCACAUAAAGGCACACUAGUGUCUCCUGCUUGCUAUUUGCUCAAGAACAAUUAACAAUGCGUGGAUGUAGAUAAUACAUAAUUUUAGAAGGUCAUUAUCAGUAGAGACCUUAUUCUCACUGUUACUACAGUGGGGCCAGCUUUUAUACUUCUGGGUA